GUGGCGGUAAAGAAAAGAACUCUCAGAAAGUGCUGUGUCGGCGCCAGCAGAGUACUUCCUGUUUGACGGCGUGUGAGUAGAGAAGAGCAUGGACAUCAGGCCAAACCACACCAUCUACAUCAACAACAUCAAUGACAAAGUCAAGAAAGAAGAGUUGAAGCGUUCGCUCUACGCGCUCUUCUCACAAUUCGGCCAGAUCGUAGAGAUCGUGGCCAUGAAGACAAUGAAGAUGAGGGGCCAAGCCUUUGUGGUCUUCAAGGAGCUUGCCGCCGCCACCAACGCCCUGAGGCAGCUGCAAGGCUUCCCCUUUUACAACAAGCCCAUGAGGAUACAGUACGCCAAGACUGACUCGGAGGUCAUCACCAAGGUCAAAGGCGCUCACGGCGACAGAGAUAAGAAAAAGGAAAAGAAGAAAAAGCCUCAGGAGCCGGCAGCUAACCUAGCCAAGAAAACGGCAAUGGUGCCAGUAGUUCCCAUGCACAUGCCACCCAUGCAGGUGCCUGACAACCCGCCAAACUACAUCCUGUUCCUUAGCAACCUGCCCGAGGAGACCAACGAAAUGAUGCUGUCCAUGCUUUUCAACCAGUUUCCAGGCUUCAGGGAAGUGCGUCUGGUUCCCGGGAAGCAUGACAUCGCAUUUGUGGAGUUUGAAGGCGACAUGCAGGCGGGCGUGGCGAAAGACGCUCUGCAGGGGUUCAGGAUCACGGCCACGUGCGCCAUGAAGAUCACAUUUGCCAAGAAGUAGGCUGCCAUCUUGGAAGGCUAAGAGACUUUCAAACCUUUUUGGAAUUGUUUUUGUAUUUUUUUUUUAAUUUUGGGUUUUUUGGCUUGUUUGCCAUUCGUCAUGAACAGAAUCAUUGUCUAGGUUUUUAACCUUUUCUUCUG